AUGAGCACACAAGGCGAGCAAACUCAAGGAAAAGUCACCCUAGAAGACAUUUCUUACAUCGACACGAAAGGGCGCUGCUACCGCGCCCUCGGAGAAAACUUCACAGGAUUCAGCGGAGCAUCGUUAGAUCCUAUCGAAGGAGUCGAAUAUGAGGAGGUCAAGGUACCACCCAUCAAGUGGCGCAACGACGUCACCAAAAAACCUCUCACUCUGGGAGAGAGGAGUGACGACCUGGAGAAACAAAGAGUUCGAAGUAUCAACGCAGGUGCUUAUCGUAGACAUGCCCUCAGGGAAAAAGAGAAAAAGAAGGCCGCAGCAGAAGCUCAAACUCCGACUCAAGCCGAAACCGCUCAAUCUGAGAUGGGCGAUGAUGAGAUGGCAUCCUCCUCUUCGCAACCUCCUGACUACACACUUAAUGAGCUGUAUGAGUGGCACGCAGCGACUUUCGGGAAAGUCACCCUCAAUGACAUUUCUUGCAUUGACGAGAAGGGGUUAUGCUACCGCGCCAUCGGAGAUGACGAGCAAGACGACCUACAAAGCCAGGCCCAGACUGAAGUGCACGAAGACACGUAUGCCGAGGAAGCGCACAGUGAAGAUUGGGCCGUGCUUGAUGAUGACGAGAUGAUGGCGUCAAUUGAUCGAGAAUUACUUACAUCCUGCCAUUCCGAGGGGCUAGAUGAGAAUUCGGAGAUUGCAGGUCAGUUCGGUGAGCUCUGGUAUAGGGCCAUGACGGGGGAUCAGCAGUCAUCAGAGUAG